AGAUACAUUCUAGAAAUCAGUGAUUAAUUGUAUCAAUGGCAGAGGAGGAUGAUUACAUGCAUGUGGUAAAAAUAAAAAAAUWAACAUUAUAAAGCACAUAAAAAAAAGUAUAUAUUUCUAAUCUGGAAAUAGUUUCCAAUCAUGUCCUUCACUGGAACAUGAUAGGAUGGACAGUCAUAAUUAUGGCCCUAUAUCUGAUGCACAUGUGAAGCAAGUUUGCAUACGUUGGAUUUAUAUUGCAAAACAACAACAACAACAAAGAACGAUAGGACGAGAAGCCUCCUCCGACAGCUCUGCCAUUGAUGAAUUCGCCUGACUUCCAAAGAGGCGUGCCCGCUUGUGUGUUGUUCUGCGUGGGUGCGUGCGCGCCCCCUACUGUGUUUACGGGACAAGCUUGAAACGGUCAAGUCGCAAAUUGGAUUUUACAAUGUAAAUAGAAAGCAGGAGAAUCAUUCGCGAAGUCGUAAAUAUCUAUUUAAAAUUACCUAAGACUGGGUACAUCAGUUAUUUACUGAACUAGCUAAUUGUGCAUUUGCUGAAACAGUCAUAUCGGUGUUUUUAGGAAUUACAACUGGUUUAAAACAGAAUAAAUAUGUAUCGGUCUCUGUAUGCUUUCCGAUCCGCGGAGCCCAACUCGCUCCACUUCGGGGCCGGGGAGGGCUUUCUGAUCCUGGAACGCAGCAACAAACACUGGUGGCUCGGCUCGCGCUGCAGUUCGGGCGAAACCGGCUACGUUCCCGCUUCUUACAUCGAAAGGAUUCAGGCUCCGGAGCAGGAUGAAGUGUUACAGUCUAUCGACAGGGCCAUCGAAGGGAUCCAUAACGUGGCCAUGAAGAACGGGGGCAAAUACAACCUGGAGCAGCGAGACGUGCUACAGAAGUUGAUCCAUCACAGGAAGGAGACCCUGUCAAGGCGAAGUCCAACUUCAUCCAGUCACAAGCAGGGCCUGCCCUCAUCUACCAGCGAACUGUCCCUCAGCCACACCCCUCAACCACCCAAUGGUGUCAGUCGCACCCUGUUCGAGAGUACCGACAAUCUUCAAGGGCUUUACCAGGUGCCUCCUCAGCCCCGCCGUGCAGCACCCAUAACCCCUCCCCCUCCUGAGAAACAAAGAGCCAGCCGACGCCCAGCAGAGUUUUCCAUUCCUCCACCUCCUGGCCCUACCCCUCCUGCCGGGACUGGCCUGUCCCCCUCGGUCAGCUCCGCCUCCCUGGACUCUGUCUCCUCCCACUCGGUGGUGUCCUCUGAUGUCAGCCUGACAAGCGUUGCCAGCACCCCGCCCCCAGUGCCAAGCCGUGUGAAGCCCCCACCCCAUCCUCCAGACGACCUGCCCCCCUCUACCCCCUCUCCCCAGCCAGUUCCCUCAAAGAAGGGCCAUGCCCCCCAACCACCACCACAGCCCACUCCACCACCACAGCCCAGCACCGAGGACCAAACAGAAACCGACUGGCCUCUUGCCCCGCCCUCUGUCGCUGAAAGCACCCCCGGCAGCCCCUCUAACUCAGAGCCUGUUCCCGGGACAACAGGGGCGGAGCUUAUCGAGCUGGUUCGGAGCAACACGGGCCUGAGUUACGAGCUGUCUCGGGUGGCGGUGGGUGUGGUCGUGGGUCACCUGCAGACCACCCUUCCUCAAGCCUCCUCUGCCUUAGAGAAGGUCCUCCUCUCAUUGGUAGAGAGCAAGGAUCAGAGAUCUGCGUUGCCACAGGGACAAGUGUGUCACGAUGAACAGCGCCUGGAGGUCAUAUUAGGCGACCUCGCCCAUCACGUCGACGACUCUCAGCAGCGCAGYUGGGCCCUUUACGAAGACCACUCCCUCAUCGCAUGUUACCUGGAGGAGCUGCUGAAGAUACUGACGGAUGCAGAUCCAGUGGUGUGUAAGAGGAUGUGCAGGGUCAACCACUCUGAGCCAGUGCUGUCACUAGUGUCCUACUAUCAGAUGGAGCACCGAGUGUCUCUACGCCUGCUGUUGCUUAAGGUGUUUGGGGCGAUGUGUAGCCUGGACUCUGCCCUCAUCUCCACCCUCCUCAACUCCAUCCUGCCCAUGGAGCUGGCCAGAGACCUGCAGACUGACACACAGGAGCAUCAGAAGAUGUGCUACACAUCCUUGGUCCUGACUAUGAUCUUCUCUAUGGGGGAGCAGGUGCCAUAUCACCACUAUGAGCACUUAAACGCUAGCUUUGUUCAGUUCCUGCUAGAUGUGGUAGAGGAGGGUCUUCCCUCUGACCCCACAGAACAGCUCCCUGACCUCUGCGUCAACCUCAUCCUGGCCUUCAACCUGCACCUCACAGUGCCCAGCAGCAACGUGAUAAUGCAGACUUUGAUCAAGAAAAACGUGAAGCUCUUUUCUGAGAAAAUAGUGCUGCUACUAAACCGAGGAGAUGACCCUGUGUGUGUCUUUAAACAUGCCCCCCCUGCCCCACACUCAGUUCUUAAGUUCCUGCAGGAUGUCUUCGCCAGCCGAGACUCUGCUAACAUCUUCUACCGCACGGACAUGAUGGUGAUGAUAGAUAUCGCUGUUCGAUGCAUCUCUGACCUCUCACCUGGGGAAAAGUUGAGAAUGGAGUACCUCGCGCUCAUGCACUCCGUCAUGCGCUCCACAGACUACCUGGAGCACCGGCACCGCCUCUCCGACCUGCAGGGCGCGCUGCAGAGGAUUCUAAGAGAGGACGACUCGGGAGCGGACGAGGGCGGGUCCACGGCCAAACAGAUGGAUAAGCUAAUAGUGCAGGAGAUCUACAAKGAAUUCCCUCAGAUCAGAGACACCUAGGACGACUGAAUAUGACAGCGGUGGUGUGCACUCAUGAGCCGGUAGUCUGUCUCCUUUAUACCGAGGGAUGGUACUGUGGCGCUUCCUAGGGUUGACGGAAGGACUGUAGUCAGCUACUUAGUUUCUGAGUGUUACAACCCUCUGUCACACUUUUUACAAUUAUGACAUAAGAGAUGGCAUGAGCACCAGCUGUCACGGCGGUUGAUUGCAUCCGUUGUGUCAUGAUUAUGAUAAUGCUAUGUAGCUCUUAUGACCGAGGAUUCGAGUGAAGUGUUACCCAACAGCAUACUGCAUUGUGCUUUAAAUGUGCUCCCUUGUACUGAGGGACCAAACUGCGGUGUGAACGGAGGGUCUUGUAACCCUGGGACUGGUGUGCUGUAUACCGUCUUCUUACUUUCAGUCUAUUCAUGUGUCUUGAUCACUCUUAUUCCUCACCACCUGGCAUGGCCUCACAGUAUGUUACUGAGACAGUUCAAAGAAAAGACAAAUUAGGUGAUUAUACUGAUAACAAAACAUUCUGGUCCAGUUUCCUAGACACUGAUGAAGCCAAGUUCUGGACUGAAAAGSGUGCUCAAUGGAGAAUCUAUAUUAACUAGGCUUAAUCUGUGUCCUGGAAACCAGACCUCUGACAAUAAUACAUAAUACAUUCUAGGCUUUGAGGUUAGUUUAAUACUCACUAUUUAUUGCAAUGGCAAUGCUGCUACAUGAGCCUCAUUUACCUUAAUAUCUAUGGCUGUGAUUCUCUGACUGAGCACAACUUGUGACCUUGCUUUCGCCAUUACUUGUGACCCUGCUUUCGCCAUUACUUGUGACCUUGCUUUCGCCAUUACUUGUGACCUUGCUUUCGCCAUUACUUGUGACCUUGCUUUCGCCAUUACUUGUGACCUUGCUUUCGCCAUUACUUGUGACCUUGCUUUCGCCAUUACUUGUUACCUUGCUUUAGCCGUUACUUGUGACCUUGCUUUCUUCCCUACACUUUAACUACAGUAACCUCCACUCUGGGCAUGGCUAAAGUAUGACAUGCUCUAAAUUCUUCUCAACCAGACCACUCUUACUCUGCUCUGCUGCUUGUGCUGUAGAUGGAACGUAACGGUACUGUAAUAACAAGCUGUAACACGCUGCUUCUACAUACUAAGCCUUGACUAACUUCCUAUAUCGCUAUGGCUCUCUGAAAGGGAAUGUAGUUAUUUAUUCAUAGGAAAUAAUAAGGGAUUGAUAAGAUUCGAUUGGUCAGUAUUUUUWUUUUUUUUAAAUGUAGUCUGGGGUUAACUAAGGGACUUGUCACCUAGAUUGAUUGAUUGCUUUGCCCUGAUCAUUUUGGUCUGAAAUCUAUCAGUUACCACAGUAUGGUGUCUCCCAUCCUUAGGAUGGCACUCUACUAUGCCCCCUACUGUAAUUUAACCCUUUACUAUAGUACCCCUGAGAAUCAGCCUACAAGACACAGAGCUUAUCUUCUUAGUUUCCACCAGUUUUGCACGACACACAAUUUUUAUUUUGCAACUCUCACUCUUACUGACUUCUCUGAGUCACUGUCUCCCUCUCCGUCAGAGCGCUUUCUCUCUUUGUGUCAUAGUUUAUUUGUACUUGGCUCUGUUAGAGCUAAUAGGGGGAAGUGUUUAUGUGGCAAAAUAGUCGUGGCCGUCAUGAUGCACGUAUACCUAACACACACUUAAAAGGAAGUGUUUACACAUAUAAACAUAUAUACCAGAGUGUAUUUUCUCUGACGUAUGUGUUUUUAUUAUCCAGUGUUCAUGCAUAAAAGCUAUGCAUGUGUGUGUCUAUGUACGGUUUGUGUAUAUUUUCGUAACUAUGUAUGGUUUUAUCAUCGUCCCUGUAGGUUUGAGCCUCCAUUGUCCCUUAAGGUACGACUGUGUUAUAGCAAUAAMACCAACUGAACUAUAUUUUCCCAAUUAAAUAUAUCUGAAAUGGUUGUUCAGAGAGGGGUGAUGCAACAAAGUGUAUUUUCUUAAUGUUUACAAUCAACUAAUAAACAUCUCAAUGAACA